AUGGAAGGGAUGAUGCAACUACCGUACAACACGACGGUGAAGCUCAUGCUCGGUUCACUCGAACGCAACCUGCUUCCUGACGCCGUCAUCAGAAGACUCACGCGCUUGCUUUUGGCCACUCGCCUUCGAUCUUCUUACAAACCUUCUUCUGAACUUCAGCUCUCUGAUCUUCUCCAAUUUGCACAUUCUUUACAAGAGAUGCCUAUUGCUGUUAGUACUGAUAAGCCAAAAUCUCAGCAUUAUGAGUUACCAACCUCUUUCUUUAAGCUCGUUCUUGGAAGCAAUCUCAAAUACAGUUCAUGUUAUUUCUCUUCUGCCUCGAAGACCUUGAAAGAUGCUGAAGAAGAAAUGUUGAAACUGUACUGCGAGAGAUCAAACCUGAAAGAUGGUCAUACAGUUCUUGACGUCGGAUGCGGUUGGGGUUCGCUGACUUUAUACAUUGCCAAGAAUUACAGUAAUUCCAGGGUUACAGGAAUCUGCAAUUCCACAACUCAAAAAGCUUUUAUCGAGGAGAAAUGCAUGGAGCUGCAACUGCAAAAUGUGGAUAUCAUUGUUGCGGACAUUAGCACGUUUGAAAUGGAAGCUUCUUAUGACAGAAUAUUUUCCAUUGAAAUGUUUGAGCAUAUGAAGAACUACAAAGAUCUUCUCAACAAGAUAUCCAAAUGGAUGAAAGAGGAUGGUCUUUUAUUUGUUCAUCAUUUCUGCCACAAAGCAUUUGCCUACCACUUUGAGGACAAAAAUGAAGAUGAUUGGAUUACACGAUACUUCUUUACCGGAGGAACUAUGCCUGCAGCAAAUCUACUUCUUUAUUUCCAAGAUGAUGUUACUGUCGUCAACCAUUGGCUCGUAAAUGGGAAGCACUAUGCGCAGACCAGUGAAGAGUGGCUCAAAAGAAUGGAUAAGAACAUGGCUUCCAUCAAGCCAAUUAUGGAAUCAACAUACGGCAAAGAUUCGGCUACUAAAUGGACUGUCUACUGGAGAACAUUUUUCAUAGCUGUAGCAGAACUUUUUGGAUACAAUAAUGGUGAAGAAUGGAUGGUUGUACACUUUCUUUUCAAAAAGAACUAA